AUACCACGCCUAUUGAGAAUACCUGUUACAAUGGUGCAGAUCAAAUUCCUGUUCGCUCUCCUCGCCGUAAUGACAAUUGUUGUCCUGGCCGCCGACAUGGCUUCGGCCUCUGAUUGUCUUUCUGGAAAAUUCAGUGGUCCUUGCUUCGCUUGGGAUGGAGAACUCUGCAGGCGUCUUUGCAAAGAGGAAGGACGAGUCAGCGGACACUGCAGUGCCAGCAUGAAGUGCUGGUGCGAAGGAUGUUAA